GGAAUGGUUUCAAAACCAACAAUGCCUCCUAUUACAUGGUAAUGUGAUGCUUGCUGACAAGCUGAGAGGUCCGAGCGUUGGGUUCAGUUCAAACCAACCGUGAAGUGUUUACACAGCCGCUGAGCAAGCAAUAGAGAGGCAAGCGCCCCAUUCAGGCUCACUUUCACUCAAUCACAGCACAAUGAAAGGGAGAGUGAGUCAUAGAGAGGAGGGGGCACAGUGCUGGUUAAGUGAUUAUCACUACAAGAAAAUGUCUGUACAUGAAGUGUGGAGCAGGAACCAGCAAUUAGAACAUUCAUAAUGCAUCGCUAUUGGAAGCUGUGUAUUGUAGUUGUGUUAAUAACAGUAAUUGGCAAUUAUGUAAAUGCCGAUUGUAGAUAUGGUUGUGAAGCUAAUGAUUGUCCAUGUGACUGCCUCACUAGGAAGAUACAAUGCUCCAACAAAAAUGUGACAGAAAUCGGGCAUUUUCCUUCAAAAGCAAUUUACCAUAGAGCUGACUUUGGUGGAAAUCUAAUUACAAUUUUACGAAGACAUCAGUUUAAACAUAAGAACAUGAGAAAUCUGCAUGAGCUGCAGUUAUCGUCCAAUCAUCUAACAACCAUUGAAGAUGGAGCUUUUGUUGGAUUGCAAAAUCUCAGGACUUUAUAUUUGAGUAACAACAGGAUCAAAGUUAUAAGGAGGGAAACAUGGACCGGCCUCAAUUCAUUGAAGCAUUUGUAUUUGAAGAAUAACUUGAUAGAAAAGAUAGAUGGGAGUUGUUUUGAACACAUUCAUUCCACCCUCGAGCUUUUAUAUUUACAACAAAACCGGAUUCAAUUCAUUUCUCCUCGUGCUUUUGAAAAGAUGACAUCGUUGAAAACAAUUGACCUUAGUGGGAACUUUAUCUCUCAUAUGGAUGGGAGGUUUUUAUCAAAAACGGUCGCGCUUUCGUUUUUGUUUCUCAGCAAGAACCCAUGGCAGUGUGAUGAUGUCACAAUAUGCUCAACAAUGGAAACUCUCGAUAGGAAUGAAGAUAUUAUGUUGCUGGACCAAGUAAUUUGCCAUGGGCCGGAAAAACACAAAGGAAAAGAUGGGUUUGAUGUUUUAACAGAACUAAACUGUACCAACAUUGUGUAUCCUGUUUAUAGUGAACCAGACAAUGCUUCUGGGAAAGAAAAUUCAAAUGUUUUUCUACUUUUUUUCAGCCUUAUUUUAUAUUUCGUACUUGUUUCAGUUUAGAUUUUCGCAAAUUUUAUUGAAGCUUAUUUUAAUCAUUUGUUACGCAUUUAUCUAUUUUAUGUAUAGUUUUUAUUUUGUUUCUGAGUUUUGCGUAGUUUUAGUUUUUCUAUUUUUGUGUUUUGCUUUUUUAAAGUUUAUUAGAAAUUAAUUAUACUGAACAUAUUUGACUCAACUAUAGUUUUUGAUCAGAUUAAAAGUUACACAGUUUAAUUGGCUGUAAAC